AUGCCUUCUCAAAGCGAUUUCAUCCAUUUACACGCAGCAGCAACAACCUUGACAAAUAUCUUGCGUUGUGAGAGAAUUUCCCACAUCUUCAUAGGCGGAUAUGCUACAGGUCUCCUUGGAGGAGGAGAAGGUCGAGUGACAGAGGACAUCGACCUUAUCGUGGAGAAAAAUUGCCGCAAGCUUCUGCUACAAUACCCGAACAUCACGGAGAGCAGGGAUAACCGAUUGGUCUACCAUCACCAUGGCACUAAAGUUCACAUCGAUAUGGAGGUCAUGGGAACUGCACCAUGGGUCCCAAAUCCUAGGACCACCAAGGUUUACACUGUGGCUCCGACGGACUGUCCGCGGCGUCAGUUAAUCUCUAUGAUCCCAAUUUUACACCCGUCAAUUCUGCUGUUGACAAAGCUCUUGCCCUGGAAAGAGGCUGACCAAGCCACACGAGCCGCCCAAUACACGAGGUCCCGGACUGGCUUCAUGGAUAUCCGAACCAUUUUACAAUGGCUCGCUGACAAAAAGUCCCGUAUCGAUUUCUCUGGGCUUGCCUGA